AUGGAAUUAAUGAGACUGGAUCGAAAGAAAAAUAACCUCCUGGAGUCAGAAGGGCAGCAGGUUACGAGUUAUUUGGAGAGGUUGAGGCUAGCACUCAGAGACGGAAUCAGUGUGCGAGUUAUUCGAACCUUAUCUAAGGUGAAAAAUAUGGCCCUGAAGGCAGAGUUAAUGCAACAAGAGAGAAGUUGGUGGAACCGUGAAGAUUACAAAGCUGUAGAGUCUACAGGAGAGUUUAAAAAUCGUAGCAACAAGAACAACAACAAAUAUGGAAGGAACAAGAUGGCAGAGACUGUAGGGAAAGAUAAAGAUGUAAGAAUAACAGAAAAUCCAUAUUCCAAAUCUACUAUGGGGAAGUGUUUCAAAUGUAAUCAACCGGGACACAAGUCAAACAAAUGUCCCUUGAGGAAGACUGUGAACAUUGUAGAGAAAAAUGAAGAGAUUAUUUGUGAGCUAGAUGGUGAUGAAGAAGAAGAAUAUGAAGCAGAAAAAGUGAGAGAACACCUGGGAAGGAAGCUCAAGGUGGUGAGGAGUGAUUGUGGUGGUGAAUUCACCUCAGCUGAGUUCCAGAACUACUGUGAUGAUCGCGGCAUCAAAAAGGAAUACACAGCCCCAUAUACACCUCAACAGAAUGGUGUAGUGGAGCACAAGAAUCGUACUGUGGUAGAAAUGGCUCGUGCUUUGCUCAAGACUGGGAAUCUUCCAACAAGGUUCUGGGGUGACGCUGUCUCCACAGGAGUCUAUUUGAUCAAUAGAUCACCUACACAAGCAUUACAAACAAAGACACCUUAUGAAGGAAUGCAUGGAGUCAAGCUUGUAGUGAGUCAUUUAAAAGUGUUUGGUUGCAUUGCCUUUACUUUAAUUCCCUCCCAGAAAUUAUACAAGCUUGAUGAGAGAUCAGAACGGUGCAUAUUCACUGGAUACUCUUCAGAAUCCAAGGCAUACAAGUUGUUCAAUCCAGUGACAGGCAAGAUCAUCAUCAGCAGAGAUGUUGUGUUUCAUGAAGGGUCUCGAUGGUGUUGGGAAGGGCCUAAAUCAAAUGUGCAGGUAUUGGAGUUUGAAGAAGAUAAGGAGGAGCAAGUAAAUCAUCCUCAAUCUUCUCCAAUCUCUGUCAGGACAUCAAGUGGAGGAGUGGAGACUAAGAUGCAGUCUAAGCACAGUGAUGCUGUUAGUGUCUCUAGAUCUCGUGUGGCUCCUACUGAUGGGACUCCUCCUAGAAAGAUCAAAUUGCUCACAAAUGUAUACAAUUCAUACACAUUUGCUAUGCAUGUUGCUGAUCCAACUGAGUACAUGGAAGCUGUGAAGAGUAAAGAAUGGCAAGAUGCUAUGAAUUUGGAGAUGGACUCAAUAACAAGCAACAAUACAUGGGAGUUAUGUGAGUUGCCUGCUGAGAAGAGUCCAGUUGGUCUUAAGUGGAUUUUUAAGACCAAAUUCAAUGAAAAGGGUGAGGUGCAGAAGCAUAAAGCCAGAAUUGUGGCCAAGGGGUAUUCACAAACUCAAGGGAUUGAUUAUGAUGAGGAGGAAGUAUAUGUCUCACAACCUGAGGGUUAUGAGAAGAAGGGUGAAGAACAUCUGGUUUAUAGAUUGAGAAAGGCUCUAUAUGGUCUGAAGCAGGCGCCUAGAGCCUGUUCACAUGAACAUGAAACUUUGCUUUGCAACCCCGUGAGUACACCAUUAGCAGUAAAUGAGAAACUUGAAGAAGGUGAUAGUGAUAAGUUCUCAGAUCCUGGAACUUACAGGAGUUUGAUUAGGAAGUUACUCUAUGUUACACACACUCGACCAGACAUUAUUUUUCCAGUCAAUUAUCUAUCUAGAUUCAUGAAUCAACCAAGCAAAAUUCAGUUCAUUGCUACAAAGCAAGUUGUGAGAUAUCUCACAGGUACCAAAAAGCUGGGUCUGUGGUAUUCACGGGGAGAUGAUGGUGAAUUGGAGGCUUUCUCUGACAGCGACUGGGGAGGUUCUAAGGUUGAUCGGAAGAGCACAUCUGGAGUAUUUUUCAAAUUGGGCUCAUGUCCUAUCUCUUGGGGAUCCCGAAAAAAGGAUGUUGUGGCUCUCUCCACAACCGAAGCAGAGUAUAUCGCAUCCACGGGAGCAGCUUGUCAAGUUGUUUGGUUGAGGAGAGUGUUACAAAAUUGUGGGAAACCAUGCUCUGAAUCUACUAAAUUAUGGGUUGAUAAUCUCUUAGCCAUUGCUGUGGCCAAGAAUCCCGCACACCAUGGUCGAACGAAGCACAUAGACAUGAGAUAUCACUUCAUCCGAGGGUUAGUAUCAGAAGGAGUGAUUUCUCUGCACCAUUUCAGCACUAAAGACCAAAUCGCCGACAUCUUCACCAAACCGUUACUCACUAAGAAGUUUGUCAUGUUCAGAAGCUUGCUUGGGAUGAGAUCAUCUCAAUCAAGGGGGGAUGUUGAUGUUGAUUGA